UAAUACGACAGGGGUUCAAAUUUUCGGUUUAUUGGAUGAUUUUUUAACAGAAAAUCAGAUUCCAUGGACAAACUGUAUCGAUGUAUGUACUGAUGGUACAUACAUCGAUACGUGCUAGGGCCACGACAGGUGCAACAACUGGAGCAAUAGCUAAAAUAAAGGAGAAAUCAAAUGAAACUACUAGUAGUCAUUGCAUACUUCAUAGACAUGCUCUAGCAAUGAAAAAUAUUCCUCUUUGUCUAAAAAACGUAUUGGAUGAAGCCAUAAAAAUAGUCAACUUCAUCAAGUCACGUCCUCUGAAAUCUAGACUUUUUAAAAUCUUGUGUGACGACUUGGGAAGUAUUCAUAAUACGUUACUUUUCCAUACAGAAAUCCGGUGGUUAUCUCGCGGUAAAGUAUUAACACGGUUAAUGGAAUUAAGGGCUGAAGUUUCUUCAUUUCUAAUGGACCACAACGUUACAUUAGCUGAAACUAUGAAUGACGUGACUUGGCUUUGUCAGCUAUCGUACUUGGCAGACAUUUUUAACAAAAUGAACGAAUUAAGUCUUUCUUUACAAGGAAGAACUUUGACAAUUUUUGAUGCGAGCUCCAGAGUAUGUGCAUUGAAAAGAAAAAUUGAUUAUUGGUCAGAGUGCAUAUUUAAAAGAGAGCUGGAGUGUUUUCCAAUAAUGCAGGCCUUUUUGGAAGAAAACGAAUUGCAAACUCCCAUUAGCAUUAUUAACGAGAUUUCUGAACAUCUCAAACAACUGAAAAAUUCAUUUAAUAAAUAUUUUCCUACAGAUCGAAAGGUGUUUUUAAAAGACCGUGAAUGGGUAGUUAAUCNCCCUUUAACAUAA